AUGCCAGAAUUUUGGCGUUCCAUACAGGCCCGGCUGAGCCUCACCGGGAAAAAAUCACUAUUUCGACGAACAUAUGUGCCCCUGCAUACUCUAAUAGACUCGGGAAGCCCAACAGACGUUUCGCAGGAGAUUCUUACUAAUUUCACAUUCAUUCUGCUAGCCCUUAAUGCUUUCGUGGCUUUCGCACUCAUUAUAUCUACAGUCGCCGUUUCGCAAUAUACCAAUGCGAUUAAAGCAUGCAGCAUCGCAUACGUAGUAGUGUCAUUAAUCCUACUUGUCAUUGGCACCUUUCUGUAUGUGCGAAUAGUAUACUUCAGAUACCACCCAGCUCGCUCGCCUCCGGCUAGUUACGUGAUGCCGAAAUUCGAAGAAUUCGACGGGUACAUGUCGCAAAUCGAGUCGCAAAUUAUGCAAACCGCCGAGCUGGAAGAGCCAGUCGUUCCCGAAAGAACGUCUAGCCUAGAUUUCCAAUCGCGCGCACCUGUCGGUCAACACUAUGGAAAUGUGCCUCAGACACCACAUCCCACCUAUGAUCCAUACCGCCCGCCAAGCGCUGCUAGUUCCUCAUACGCGGAGAUAAAUGCGGUGGCUAUUAUGGAUUCAAUCGGAGGGCACUCUGAUAUAGCUGGAGGAGAUAUAUCUAUAACCAGCCGCUACCGCGUGAGCAGCGAAAGCUUCCAGGGAAGUUCUAUCAGCGAGCUUCAGAGAGAAGGGUCCCCGUAUGCGCAUUCAGGAUGCAAUUCAGGCGAUCUAGGGGAUGCUGUUAGUAGACAAAGCUCUGCGAUGUCGUUACAACAACCUGUUCCGACGCAGAUACGCCAUACUCCCCAAUUUAUAGAGGCUAGUGUCAAUCGUCAGCAUAGUAUGAGAGCUACAGUUGAGGAUGAACACCAAGAUCGCACGAGGUCGCCUUAUAGCCCGAGCUUGUCGCAGAUCACUGGUGGGGUGCUCGGAGAGGAUACACCUUAUACGUCGUGGGAGGAGGCCAGGGAUUCGUUAAGGCGGGCUCGCGCAAAGCGGAAAGCUCGUUGUACCCACGGUUCGGGAAAAUACCGAUAA